GCGCACGGACAUCGAUCGAACGACCUCACGAUUCACGUUCUCCUUGAACUCCCGGUCUUUUUACCGGGUUUCAAAUAUUUUUUUUUUUUUACAUCAAAAGUGCAAUUAACUAUUCACUUAAUUAUUUAUCCCAUGCUUCCUUUAGAGUGAAGAAAAUUUUUUUGAAAAAAAAAGUGCGGAGCUUUUAACUCCAAAGUGAGUGACACUUGUGCUUUUUUGCACCCCUCGAAAAAAAAAAUUGUGUUUAUUUCUCCAGUGAAGGAUGCUUGCUUAUUAAUUCACGAUAAUUAAUAGGAUAUAAAAGCGAUGUUUAAAAGAUUAUCAAAAGCAAGACGUCACAGUGCCGACGAGGUGGGAUGUCCUCUGCCAAGUACUUUGACUUUAGAUGAACCACCUGGAUUCUUGACACCGAGAAAAAGUUCAGAAGGUCAACUUCAGGGCUUAAAUCCCGCCUUAUUAUUAAGGCCAUCAAGAUCCAAAUAUGGAAGAAAAAGUUGUGGCGAUGCCGUUUCGCCUUACACACUUCUCACUUCGGAUGACAGUUCAGGAUCAAAUUCUAAUACUGAUACUGAUUAUCAAAUGGUCACUGCCAUGCCUGCAUUUAUUGUCGAACAUGAGCCAGAAAAACAAAAAGGCUUAGGCGUUUGGGGAUUGAGAAGAAUGGGCAAGAAAAUAGAAUCAUUUCGCAAAGCGGGAUCCCGAGAGACGAUCAAUUCAAUUACACCAGAAAGGACAGAGCCAUCUUUGAACAAUAAUAAUAAUAAUAAUAUUAGUGAAAAAUUGGAAAGACUUGCCGAGCAAAAAGAAAGGAGGAUAUUCGCUCAAAGAUCACCAUCACCUUUUAAAUCAUUCUUCAUUAGGAUGGGCUCAACUGGAAUGUUGAACUCAAAUCGUGGUAGUAAACGUUCACCAUCAAGCAAUGAGAAAACAUCAGAAAAGGAGAAUCUCUUUAGAAGUUGUAGUACCAGUCAAUUAAACACCAGUCCCACUUAUGUGAAAGGUGAUGAUCCAUCCGAGGGAAUUGAUCUUCAAAUUCAAAAUCGUAAGGACAAAACUUUAUCAUGCGAUAAUUUGAGUGGAAGAUCGGAUGAUGAUGUAUUUGAUGAUAGAUUGAAUAUUCCACCUUCGCCUUCAUUGUCAAUUCCAUCGAGAAUUUUCACUUCAUGUGAUUUUGGCGAGACAAAAAAUGAUGGUUUGAGAAAAUCGAGUAGUUGUGAUUUUAAAGAAGUGAAAAAAACAACGUUUCCCUAUUCAUUUCUGAGAUCAAAACUCUCUGUUCUUCCUGAGGAACGCUAUGGAUCGAAUUUGAAAGAUGAGAGACUUUUUAAAACAACAUCGGAGGAACAUUUUCCAGCGUUGCAAAUUGAAGAAUCAUUUGAGGGUACAACAACAUUGGGCAGAAGACGUCCGAGAAAUGGACAUUUCAAUAGAAAUGCACCAUCAAGAACGCAGGAUGUUUCACGAAUGGGACGUAAUUCAUACGCUGAAUUUCGUACCGAGAGAAUUGAACAAGAUAGAUAUAGUCUAAAUCCUAGUCAUUUGGAGAGGAUUGACGAUGAUUUACAAAUGGAAGAGAAUUAUGAGAAUCAAUCACGAUUUUCGAUUAAUGACUCGAGGUUCGAUACAACAUCAUUGAAUCAUGAAAUUAUGAAUCCGGAUGUGAAUCUCGAAAUAACAACACCAACAUUGAGGAAUCAUAGAAGAAAUUCAGCGCCAAGUGGAGAACAAAGAUUGUCAUCGCAUUAUGUGAGUUCGAAUGAAUCAGGUUACGAUAGCGAUGGUCCAAGAGGUGAAUCGGCGGCAGCAUCGGAAAAUGAGGCGCAAAGUUUAAAAUGUAAUACAGAUAGUUCGGAUACAAGUAGUGUUGUCGAUUCGGAAAUAGAGAAACCAAUAAUGAGAAGAAGUUCAAGUGAAUGUCAGGAGAAUCAGGAGAUUGAACAAUGUUCAAGGUCGAGUAAAAACGAAGAGAAUGUUGAGACUGAGGAGAGAAUAGCUGAUGGUCUCAGAUGGCAUCAGAGUAAUUCGGGAAGAAUGUUGCCAAGCAUACAUCAAACCUCGACAUUGCCAGUAGCAGCAAACUCAUCCUCACUGAUUGGUGAUGGUUUAGGAGUUGGUCAGAGUCAAAAUACCGUUGUUGUUGCUGCUGCUGCUGCUGCGAGUAUGCCCCAUCGAGCCAGACUUCAACAGGACAAGACAAGAUUUCUCAGUGACAUCAUCGAACCACCGAAAAAAGUUCGCAGAUGCCGACUUGUACAGCUCAUCAAAAAUGAUCCCAAGGAGAGUUUGGGCAUCAGACUCGCUCAACAAAGAAUUGGCGAGAUUCGUUAUAUUGUUGUUCAAUUGGAAACCGAUGGCAUUGCUCAUAGAGACGGAAGAUUGAGAUUGGGCGAUGAAAUUGUUGAGGUCGAAGGUAAGGAACUCCGAACGCUCGAGAGUCUUGAGCAAGUUCAAGAGUAUUUGAAAUCCUUUAAUGGAAAUAAAGUGCGACUAAUAACUGCCUAUGAGGAAACAGUGCCUCAGGUUUAUAAUAAUAAUUCAAUUUUAUCAGAUGAUUAUGAAUAUUUGAAAAAUGUGAAAAAUCUCAAAAAUAUGACAUUGGUUGAUAAUCAUAAAAAUGAAAAAAGGGUUGAUUCAUCGAAUAGUAGUAGUAAUAAUAAUAAUAAUAAUUCAACUACUACAUCCACCUGCGAUGAUGAAAAUAAUCAUACCAAAAAGAGACCGGACUUCCUGCCAGUCACGUGUAUUACCACUACUACCAGGAAGGAUGUAGACGCCUCCUUAGAAUCCUCGACGGAAAUACAUCAAUACUUGACGAGGCAUAUUGCCAGGUUUGAGAAAGGAUAUGGUAAGCCAAGUCUAGGAUUCAGUGUUGUUGGUGGCAGAGACAGCCCACGUGGGGAAAUGGGCAUUUUUGUUAGACGAAUUUUCCCUGGAGGCCAAGCUGACGUUUCCAAAUCUCUCUUCCAAGGGGAUGAAAUUUUGAGUCUUAAUGGAAAAAUAUUACGAGGAUGCACACAUCAAGAAGUUAUAGAAUUAUUUAAAGCAGUUCGAGAAGGACCAGUCGAAUUAGAUGUUGCAAGAAGACAUAGGUACCAGAAACCGGCUCUAAAAUCCGCUCCCUAUUAAAUUUCCAGAAAUCAUUAUUAUUAUUAUUCACCACCAAAAGUGCUCUUUUGUUAAAACUAGAGUUUUAUCAAAUUUCAUCACAAAUGUUAUGGAAAAAAAAAAAAAAAAAAAAAAAAAACUUUUAGAAUCUAGUCUCUCGUGAAAAGAUCAAUUUAUUAGAUCUCGACAUUCGUUAUGUUUAAUUUAUUUUCCAUGUAAUUCACAAUGAAUUGUCUAUAGAUGCAAUAAGUGACAUUGUUUAUCGAUUACUAUUAUUAUUAUUAUUA